AUGGAGAGCUUCACCGUAAUACCAGUUUUGCUUCUCUGCAGCCUCAACUGGAUCUCUGUCUCAGGUUCUGAGUCUCAGAUCAUGGAGGUUCAGCCUGGUGAAGAAGUCACACUGACGUGCACCAACAUUUCCAGCGGUCCAGCUCAGACAGAGUGGUUCAGACUGAUCCACGGAACCAAGCCCAGCUGUAUCUCCUCUAUGUACAGGGCUGAUGACGAAGCUUCAUUGUGUGAUGGAUUCCAAAACCGAUUCAAAAUGAGCUCGAACAUCAAUACUGUCUUUCUUAAAAUCAAGCAAGUGAAUUUAUCUGACUGUGGACUGUAUUUCUGUGGAUUCUACAUUAACAAACACACAGUCAUAGCCAAGGCAACACAAUUAAACAUUCAAGGCAAUGGUGAAUCUGAUGGUGGAGUAGAUUCCAAGUCUGAAAAGGACUCUGAUGAAAAGACAAACCUAAUAAAUGUGAUCCUGGGCAGUCUGACUAUUCUCCUCACUAUAGUCGUCAUAUUUCUGGCUGUAAAAAACUGGAAACUUCAGAAAGCUGUGAGUGAAGAACAGCAGCCACAAAGAAACACGGUAAAUCCACCAUUAACUGAUAUAAACUGUGAUGUGGGCUCAGACGAACUGAACUACGCAGCUCUAAACUUCCAGGGAAAGCCAAAAAGAAGCAGCAGGCCUCCACCAAAGAGAGAGAUGGAGCCACAUGUUGUGUAUGCUGCCACCAGAUAGAUUCAGGAAACCAAUGGAAGUGCAGCUCAGAGUGAAACUCAUGCUUUAUCGUAUUAAUCUGCUGUAGGGGUUCAUGUGCAGGCUGUGUGUCAGGAGAUUCAGUGGCAAAAAAUACAUUUGAAUUAAAGUGUCUACAUUUUAUCGCUUGUUUCUUUCUGUCUGAGAGGAAAAACAGCAAAUGAUAUAUGUGAUAGGGGAGGAGUCCGGCAGGACAUCAAUGGCAGAAAUUGUCUGUGGUUCAACAACUGAGUGACAUACACAAACAGGAAGAGACAGCACAGUGUGGUCUGAGAAAAACUGAGGUGAAGAUCAUACUCCUCAUCACUUCCACAAACUCGCUGAACUACUUUACACUAUCUCACCAGCAGCUCAAAACCAAACAAAACAGAGAGGCCUGAUGCAACUGCUUCAUUUUUCAUUCGGCACAUACUCAGCCACAGUCUCCAGUUACAGUCUCAGCGAGGUUUGUAAAGUCGAGAGGUGUUCAUUGAAGUAGUUUCACUCAAAAGCAGGGAAAAACUGUUGACUGGUAUUAUCAUAAUCAAGAGCACAAACAGCAGCAUAAAAGACCAUUGAUAAAGGUAUACCAUGCAGGAUUUUCCCAAAAAAUGUAAAGACUUAAACAAAUAUAAUCCCAUGUUGUGUGAGAAGUGCAUUUGCACCUAUCUGUAUCCACGAGUGUCUUAACAAGAGGUGUGGUCAGCCUCAUAGUUGGCACAUUGCUAUUAUGAGGCAGGAAAAAGCAAUUGUGCCAUCGACAAACACAAUCCUGGUCUAAACUUAGAAUGGUGCAGUGUUUCCCUGCUGUUUAAAGUGUGGCUCAUUUGCAUAGUAAUAUCCUCCUAUAUAAACGUAUUCACAGCACGCGUGCACUCUGCUUGUUACACACACAGUGACACAUGGAUGGGUUGGGGUUGGGUGAAAUAAUCACAAAUGAGGAAAAUAAAAACAUUCUCUAAAAAGUGAACAUAGCAGAGAUCAGAGCAGAGCUGCAGAGCUACUGUCCGACUGCCCAUUAAGAGAGAUGCUGUGUGCAUUUAUGCACAAGGAGCAGCAUAACUUCAGAGAUUAUUUCGGAAGCUAAAGCUAUUAAGCAUGGAAGGGCGGAGAGGUGUGCUCUCUCUACCUUUUGCUGUAUGGCAUAGAGGUCCCAGGACAGAGCCAUACCGCCAAAAUGUCAUACUGUGAAUAGAAAUAAAGUUUGAUUUGACUAAAGUGGUCCUGACUGAACUGUAAACGGCUACAAAAACAAGUGGGUAUACCCCAUAUACUGUCCCUGCGAUACCUUCUUAAACUACUGAAGGUACAUCAUUAUCUUGUAGCUCUAUUUCUAUUGCACUUAGUUACAUUUAGUUAUUAUCAUUAGGUCAACUAUUACACCUCAGGCAAGCAUAAAAAACCUUUUGCAAUAUUUCCACUU